CGAUUAUUUAGGAGCUGGCUGAUUUUGAAUAAGGAAGAUGGCAACCGCGGCAGUGGUUGAGUUUCAGAGAGCUCAGUCUCUCAUUAGUACGGACCGAAAUGCCUCUAUUGAUAUUUUACACUCAAUAGUGAGGCGAGAUGUCCAAGAGGAUGAUGAGGAGGCGGUCAAAGUUAAGGAGCAGAGCAUCCUUGAGCUGGGAAAUCUCUUGGCCAAGACCGGUCAGGCUGCAGAGCUGGGUGGUCUGCUGAAGUUUGUGAGGCCUUUCCUCAUCUCCAUCAGUAAGGCCAAGGCUGCCCGACUAGUGCGCUCCCUUCUGGACCUCUUCUUGGACAUGGAGGCUGCCACAGGACAGGAAGUGGAGCUGUGCCUGGAGUGCAUUGAGUGGGCCAAGGCUGAGAAGAGGACCUUCCUCAGACAGGCCUUGGAGGCCCGGCUUGUCUCACUGUAUUUUGACACCACACGGUAUCAGGAAGCCCUGUCACUUGGGUCGCAGUUGUUGCAUGAGCUCAAAAAGAUGGAUGACAAGGCUUUGCUGGUGGAGGUGCAGCUGCUCGAGAGCAAGACUUACCAUGCCCUCAGUAACCUCCCCAAGGCCCGGGCUGCUCUCACCUCAGCCAGAACCACGGCUAAUGCCAUCUACUGCCCUCCCAAACUUCAGGCAGCUCUGGACAUGCAGUCAGGAAUCACCCAUGCAGCUGGGGAGAAGGACUGGAAGACGGCCUACUCCUACUUCUUUGAGGCCUUCGAGGGCUACGACUCCAUCGACAGCCCCAGGGCCGUCACUGCACUGAAAUACAUGCUCCUCUGCAAGAUCAUGCUCAGCCAGCCAGAAGAUGUUCAGUCCCUGACCAGUGGGAAACUUGCCCUGCGGUAUGCUGGGAGACAAACAGAUUCACUCAAGUGUGUAGCACAAGCCAGCAAGAACAGGUCAUUAGCUGACUUUGAGAAGGCUCUGGGAGAUUACAAAUCGGAGCUGAGGGACGACCCUAUUAUCAACACUCAUCUGAAAAAGCUGUAUGACAAUCUGCUGGAGCAGAACCUCAUCAGGGUCAUUGAGCCUUUCUCCAGAGUACAGAUCACACACAUAUCUACACUCAUCAAACUCUCAAAGGGGGAUGUGGAGAGAAAACUAUCACAAAUGAUUCUGGAUAAAAAAUUUCAUGGCAUUCUGGACCAAGGUGAAGGGGUUCUUAUCAUAUUUGAAGAGCCUCCGGUGGACAAGACCUACGAGGCAGCCUUGGAAACCAUUCAGAACAUGAGCAAAGUGGUUGAUUCACUUUACAACAAAGCAAAGAAGCUGACAUAGGACCAAAGUCCGGACUGCAGCUAAGAGGGACAGAGUGUGUGUGUGUGUGUGUGUGUGCGCGCGUGUGUAUGUACGUGUGUGUGUGUGUGCGCGUGUGUAUGUACAUGUGCGUGCGUGCGUGUGUGUGUGUGUGUAUACAUGUGCGCGUGUGUGUGGCCAACACGUGGAACCUUUUUUUGCGGGGAGGAAGGACAACAUCAAGCAGAAUUCGAAAACUGCAAUGGGAGUCCACCCCCACAACCCCCCACCUGAGAGUUUUUAACAUCUCCUCCAAUGGACUUCAACAAAUGAUACAUCCGUUUCUUUCCUUCACUCUUUAUUUUCCGCUCAGUGUUCUCUUUCAGUGUAUCUCAACGGCCGUCACAGGCCAUCAGGGAUUAUAUUUACAGCCACAAUAAAAGAUAAAGCAGUAAUCAUAUAUAUCAACUGUAUAAAUCUCCUACAGAAUACAUACAUGUCGGUUUCAUGUUCAGAGGUGCAAUACAAAAACCGUGAGGAGUUCUGAAGAGUUCCUCUGCCUCAGUCUUUCAGUACGUUUGGUAAUCUUAAAGAAAGCACAGGUUUGCUAUGGGGAUUUCUCCCCACUAGGUCAGGUGUUUGCUGGAAACUAUGAGUGUUAGUUCAUUUGGAGGGGGAAAGAAAACCACGCAAGAUGGGUCCGAGCACCGUUGCCAAGAAUCACCCGGCCCUUGGUCGUCGUCAGUCCUUAACGCCUCCCUCCCUCUGUAAAUCUGCUGUACAAUAUCGGUUGAAGCCCUUUCUCUCUCUCUCCCAGGAGUACAUGAACAUCAACCCCAUGAUCCUUUUCAUACCAUCGGUGCCCAUUGAUGGCCUCAGGCCUUUCUGUUAAGCAUUAGGUGCAAUACAAAUUUGGGAGGCAAGGUGGCGAGUGAUUUAAUUAGUGAUCCAUUUAUCUAGGCCAUCUACAAGCUUUUGUGUCUGUGAAUACGCCCCACUGUAGUUUUCUGGCUAUUGUACAGUAUGCUAGCAACCAAACGAUUUCAGAGCAGUUUAUAUCACUUGAUUUUUUUUUUUUUGUUCUCCCCACCUUCAUUUCAUUUAUACAUAAUUUACCAAUAAAUGUUUUUAUUAUUAUUUCUAAGUCAUGUCUGCUCCAUAGAAAUCUAGUCACGUUUUUAAAAAAAUAAUAAUAAUAAUCUUUUGCCGUAGUUUCAAGAUUUCAGCCUUUGCUUGCAGAGUUUGAAUAUGCUUUGUACAAGAUUGUAGAAUGUAUUUUGUUAAACUACGCCAGGCUGUUUUGCAUGCUUUUUGGUUGGAAUUGAAGAAGGUGGCAUGGAGGGAGGGAGGGAGCUAGCAGCACCACUUGCUUGGUUUUGCUUUGUUGAUCAAAUGUAACUUCCUGCUCAAAUGUAGAGUGUGUGUGUGUGGUGUUGUGCCUGAUUGAUGUGUCGAUGAAGGGAGAGGAACAGUGCCUGUAGAGGUGCUUUGACAAAAAAAAAAAAAAAUGAAAAGGGAAUGUGUAAAAUUAGAGGACAUGCCAACAAUAACAACCAUUUCACAACACUCAGCAAGUCACAUAGUGUGUUUUUGGAGGUUAGUAACAAAUGCCUGUUUUGUUAAUUGAGGAUAUUGUCUUCAAAAGGGAUUUUGUUUUAAAUCACACUGUAGAUUGAAUGUCAGUAUGGUUUGUCCCAGAGUUAGGGCUGUGCUGUGUUGAGCAGGACUGUGGACCACUGGUGAAGGCACAAGGUCAGGCAGCUGUUUUCUGGGCGAGUGGAGUGUUGUGCCCUGAAUCCCUUGCAAAUUCGUUUGUGUUUAGUGCCAUACAAUGCACUAAGCAGGGAAAUUGUGCCUGCUCAUUUGUUAGAUAAUUUUUUGUGGCCACUAUUCAUGUUGUUAAUGUCAUUUUCCCCAUUAGUCAUGGUUUCAAUUGAAUUUAACUGAAAAUGAAGACAGGGUAUUGGGACAAAAGAAAAUUAACUAAGCAUAGACUAGAGUCUUGUAGACUAUUUCCUGAUAAUUUAGUCUACAUCUCCAGUAUGGUGUUUUCAUGUUAACUAAUCUUACAGGGCUGAGCACUUCAAUUAUUGUGAUGGAUAAAGAGCAAUCGUUUUCUCCAACACACCACGUUGCAGUUGUUUACCGCAUUUUUAAAAUUAAAAAGGAUUCUUUUAAAUAA